AUGUCGCCGCCGAAGCCGUGCACUGGGAGGCUGAACGGGCGCUGCGACGUGGCCGUUGUCGCCGCGUCCAACGCCGGCGAUCUGCCACUGGAUGCCUUGUACGAGAUCCUGCUGUGCCUGCCGGUUCUGGCGGUCCCUCCUCUCGGACCCGUAGUUUGCCGUCGCGCACGCCGCCCGUGGCCGAGACCGCCGGAGCCACCGCUUAUCAUCACCGGCUUCUACUCCAACGCCUCCGAAGCCGAGGGCCGCCACGUCCCCGGCAGCGUCGCCAACAUCAUGGAUCUAUCCGGGCGCAUCGUGAAGCAGGUGCGCAUGGACGGGCACAGGGUCAUGAGCAUGCCCCUCAACCUCGCCUGCGUCAGGAGCAUCGCCGAUGGCACCUGCAGACUGCUCGACCCAGCUACGUACAACACGACUGACGCCGCCGCCGCAGCUAUGCGCUACUACGUGUGCACCCUCAGCGGCGGCGGCGGCCGUCCGCGGUGGAGAGCGGUGCAGGGCCCUCCGGACACCUUUUGCCAGACUCGAGGGACGGGCGUGGCCAUUGGUGGAGUCGUCUACUUGUUGAUCGCGGCCGUAUAUUUUGGUGUCAGGAACAAGAACCCAGACGUCCAGCGAGACUGGAUAUACUCGUUUGACCUCGAGACAGAAAAAUGGCUGCCGAAUAUCAAGGGCCCGCCCCAACAAGGCUUCGUCUUUAUCGAUAACCCAGCAGCUCCACCCAAGUUCUUGAGGUUCUCCUUGGCCAACCUGAAUGGCUCAUUGGUUAUCGUCCAUGGCCCGUCUCCCGAGACCAAUAUGGAUCUUUGGUUUCUCAUGGAUUCGGAGAAGAGCCUCUGGGUCAAGCAGUAUAGCAUGGUACAGUUGACGAUGGAACGAUUGCCCGGGUAUUUUCAGCCCUUAGUUGUGUUAGACGAUGGGACGAUAGUCGUAAUAACCACAUGUGCGACUGUGGCAGAGAUGGGCCGUUGCUGCAUUCAGUCGUAA